UAAAACAUGAUUCAUUACUGACAGGCCUCAAAUAUCCCGACUGUCACCCAGGGACUUGCCCUAAGCGCUAAUAACCGUCUAACACAAUACAUCAACACUUGCUGAUAACAGAACCCGAAUACUCAACAUGCCUCCGUAUGAGUUACACAUGCGUCAGAUGUCUAUUUUAGAUGGGAAUGGGCUUCAUGCGUGUUCUGAAUCGCUCCCAUCCCCCGUCCUCCUCGUGUGCUGUAAAAAUGUGAAUGAGAGAGUGGAGUCAUGGAUGAAUCUGCUUCCCCCACCCCGUCUAUCUCUACUUACUCCUGCUGGGGAUUUCACAGCCUGUGUGACGUGUUUUUAGCCCACCCAACCAGAGACCACGUGCACCGCAGACACAUACUCUCACACAAACAUGAGCACGUAUGAACACAUGUUGAAGUGUUUUUUACUCUCGCACACAUCACUGAGGUUAUCUGCUGCACGGUCAGGAAUCACCCUGCACUGCCGAAAGUAUUGAAAAUAUAAUAAAAUGAGCAUGAGAAACCUUAUAUUUAGGUUAAAAAAAAAAUAAUAAUGCAUUUUGUAAUGAUUCAUUUUUGCCAUAAAUUUUGCAGUGACAGGUUUUCAUGCAAGUUCCGAUGAAAUGAAACAAUUCUUAAAAUUAUCUAAAUAGCUACAUAUUUAGAGAUGAUUUUAGUAUAGAUGCAUCAUUCAGUAUAUUAUCAAAUGAAAAUAAAUAAAUUAGUUUUGAAAGCAAAAUCGAAAAAUCAUAAAAAGGGCAAGAAAAGGAUUCAAAUUUUGCCAAAUAUAAAUUUGAAAUUGUUGUCAAAGUUGUCAUUAAUUUAAAGUAAUUAACUAUCCCAUGUACAAUUUUCCUGAUGAGUUAAUGCUAUGAUAAAUAAUCAGGUAAUAAUUAAAAUGUACUACCUUGCGAAUGUUUGCUUUCAGAUUUCCUCAUGUUUUCUAAAGAAGUCCUUAACCAAGACUGCAUUUAAUUGUUUAAAAAUACUGUACAUAUAUAUAAAAUCAUGAAACAUUGUUACAAUUCAAAGUAAAUAUUUUCUAUAUUAAUAUAUUUUAAAAUUUGAUUCAGUGCUCAGGAAACAUUUCUUAUUGUUAACCAUGUCGAAAACAGUCCUGCUGUUUAAUGCAAAACAGAACAAUGUUUUAUCACAUACAAAUCAAAUUUAUCAUAAAACAAUGCUUGUUUUCCUGCUCUGUGAGAGUGAGAGUGAGCAUCUAUUUAUUUCCCCCGCUCAUUACAAUGGAAAACACAUCCACACACACAUACGCGCAAAGCACGAAGCGGCUCCUGAAGCUUUCAUCUUCAAACCAAGUGCACAUGGUGCAGCCCCAGCCCCCUGUAUCCACCCCAUCCAGCCCCUGCAUGUGCCCUGGAGCCGCGAGCCAAUCGCAUGCCAUCCCCGAACCCAGCCUCUAUGACAAACCCCAUCCGAUUGGCCGGCGUGCGGUAGCGAGUGGGGAGCUACCUGCUGGGAGGGAGAGAGAGAGGGGGCUGCUGGGAGGAGCCUGAUCUCUGUGUUUACACAUGAAUCAGGCAGAGUAGGAGAGCGGAGCAUGCGGCAGCGAUGCAGACUCGCUCCAGCCAGCGGCACAAGCUCUCAGCCUGCCACAGGUGCAGCCCAUGGCAGCUGGAGCUCCCGGUGCUGGGCUGAGCUCUGCAGUGCCGCCACAUUCGUUUCGGACCGCUAGACUGCUGUUGAACAUCUGGAACGUGUCUGUAGCAUGUGCACCGGCCGGACGGAGCUUCUGUUUUGUUAAAGCUUCAUUUGGUGCUGAGAUGCCAGACGUCAGUUACUUGCUCUCUGUGUCGUGGAUGCAUGUUCAGUUCAAAAGGAUGCUGAAUCGAGAACUAACCCAGCUGUCAGAGACAAGCAAGUCAGGAAACCAGGUCUCAGAGUUUAUCUCCAGCACCUUCUUAGAGAAGCAACAUGAUAUGGAGAUUAUGUCCCCCCCAACCAAGGAGAAGGAGAAGAAAAAGCGGCCCAUGUCUCAGAUCAGUGGAGUGAAGAAACCCACACACAGCUCCAGUGUCGCAGCUUCCAGCAUCCCACGCUUUGGCAUCAGCACUGACCAGGAAGAUCUGCUGGCCAAGGAGUUAGAGGACUUUGACAAAUGGGGUGUGGAUAUUUUCAAGAUAUCGGAGUAUUCUGGCAACCGACCGCUAACGGUAGCGAUGUACACAAUCUUCCAGGAAAGAGACCUGUUGAAAUCCUUCAAAAUCCCUGUAGACACAUUCAUUACCUACAUGAUGGCAUUGGAGGAGAACUACCACUCAGAUGUAGCGUACCAUAAUAGCAUCCACGCAGCCGACGUGGUCCAGUCCACCAAUGUCCUGCUGUCCACCCCUGCCCUGGAGGCUGUAUUCACCGACCUUGAGAUCUUGGCCGCGAUGUUUGCCAGCGCAAUACAUGACGUGGACCACCCUGGAGUGUCUAACCAGUUCCUCAUCAACACAAACUCAGAGUUGGCUCUCAUGUACAACGAUUCCUCUGUUCUGGAGAACCACCACCUGGCUGUUGGCUUCAAACUGCUGCAGGAAGAAAACUGUGACAUUUUCCAGAACCUGACCAAGAAACAGAGGCAGUCGCUGCGCAAAAUGGUCAUUGACAUGGUCCUAGCCACUGAUAUGUCAAAGCACAUGAACCUGUUAGCGGAUCUCAAGACCAUGGUCGAGACCAAGAAGGUGACAAGUCUGGGCGUUCUGCUGUUAGACAACUAUUCUGAUCGCAUACAGGUUCUUCAGAACAUGGUGCACUGUGCUGACCUGAGCAACCCAACAAAGCCCCUGGAGCUGUACCGUCAGUGGACCGAUCGCAUCAUGGUGGAGUUUUUUACUCAGGGGGACCGAGAGAGAGAUAAGGGUAUGGAGAUCAGUCCAAUGUGUGACAAACACAACGCUUCCAUUGAGAAAUCACAGGUGGGCUUUAUUGACUACAUCGUGCACCCACUAUGGGAGACCUGGGCGGAUCUGGUUCACCCUGAUGCCCAGGAGAUUCUCGACACGCUGGAGGACAACCGGGAGUGGUACCAGAGCAUGAUCCCCCACAGUCCCACCUCCACCCCUGAAGACAAGGGCGGUGUGGUCGGGAUGGGAGCGAUGGGUGGAGGCAUCGCCUCAGCGGGGGAGAAAUUCCAGUUCGAACUGACCUUAGAGGAGGAAGGAGAGUCUGACGUUGAGAGUCCCGUAGACGAAGACUUGACUUCCAUCACACAGGAUUCCUCCAGGACAGAUCCAGGAGGCAAACAUCCGUCUUCGGCUCCCCUGACCGCUCGCUCCCCCAGCUGCAGGACAAUGUCUUUUAAGAUGGGCGAGCCGCCAGACAGUGAAGAUGAAGAUACAGAACUUGACCAAGAAGGGAAAAGCGUGUCUUGCCUGCGUCUGGGAACAUAACACUAGUGCACUUUUUCAUCGCGUUCUUUUUUUCUUCUUUUGUACCUCUUCCUGGCCCACCUCCCUACCCCUCUCCAUCCCAUUCUUAGCUUCCCCGGGUGGAGGCGACGCAGUGCAGGAGAGCAAAGGAGAGGUAGGAAAGCUUCCACGGGACGUUUUUAUACAGUAGUCACUUUGCACUGGAGAAAGCUCUUACUCUGCGGACUGUCAAAGCGUGAAGCUUUCUUAAAAAGUUCUCGGUCUCGUGACUCCGGGAUGCCACUCGGCUUCACCGUCAAAGCGUAAAACUGCCUGUGUGUGAUGGACUGAGAGGAAACGUUCCUCAACUGUCUUCCUGUGACAUCCCAGGUUUAAAGUUAACGAACAAGCAGAGCCGUCUGAACAUAUUGAUCGAUAAACAGGACACUUUUUAUGUGAGACGUAUGUGCACUAAAAUGUUUUUAAAAAGAUACACUGUUGACUUAAAGCUGGUUUAUUAAUAGCUGAACAGAACAACCUAACCUUAACACAACAGAACAUCUCAGGAUUCAAAGAAACGAUUGCUUUCGUGUAGCAAACAGCUUGAGGGUACCCACAUAGUGACCGCCGUCUUCCUUGGAUCACUAUAAAAUCUGUAGACUGAAGUCGAGCCAUGAUUGUGAUCUUUUCUAUUAGUAUGUGACGCCACCUAGUGCUUAAUAGUGGAACUGGAGCCACGUUUAUAGGACUUGCCACUCCAGCCGAACACAGUGGCUCUGUAUUGUUGUUCCUUUGCACAGAUUAUACUCAUCUGAUCGUUUUAACUUAAAACCCUUCACCUGUAUUUGUAGGAGUGCUGCUUUAACUUGCGGCAUUCACAGGGUUUACAUAUGCUUCUCGUUUACUUUUCUAUUCUGCUUCAUCCAAAGCAUGAGCGUAAGCAUUAUUACAUUUUAAAACCGGCUUGCUUCUGAUAUUCUAGGUAGCACUUUAGAAGAUAUCUUUGUCAUUGCCAAAUGUAGCUCCAUCAGUAAGGGCUGGAGUCAUUCUUAACGUACUGAAGAUCUGCAGGGUAACCAGCAUGUGUACGCGCCCUGUAUGUAAGUUGGUCUCUGGAAGGCUGGGCUAGCUUGGAAACCCGCAUUAGCUGUAUAGGAAGUGAUCGGCGUCCUUAAACCACAUGUGUACUUUCUCUCUCUUUCUGUGCUGGUCACACUGAAAAACAUGAGGUAUCUUAACAUCUUUACAAAUGGAUGAUGUCGAAAAACGAAAGUUCCGAAACGAGAGCAAGAUAACACAUAAAGCCAAAGUUCGUUUUCUGUGCCAGACCUUUCGUGUUCUUUGGUUUUUGGUGAUUGAUCAGUGCUCUGCUCUUCACAGGGACAUAGCCAAUGACAGUACAAGUGCCAAGCAAGCAUGAUCCAUGCUGUACUGUAAUUUCCAUGUUGCCACUGGCUAAUUUCCAUCAAUGACAUCUACUACUGUCUGUAACAUACUGAUUUGAGCAUUUAGUUUUCUUUCAUUUUCCUUUCAUUUCGAUUUGUCAAGCUGAAAUUUUAUUUAAGAGUAUUCUUGAUUAAUAAGUCUGUCUGACUCAGUGUGCUCAUUGUAAGUCAGAUUAUUUGUGUCCUUUUUAUACCAUGGUAUGAAUUUUAAUAUUGGAUACAGUGAAUCUUUGUAUGUAAGUGGAUUACAGUAAACGAGGCUUUUAAUUAUUGGCUGUAUGUUCAUCUUAAUGUCAGUCUGUGCUCUUUGUAGCAAUGUUUCAUGUGGUGAGAGAAAUGCUUAGUGGCCAUGCAAAGUUUCGACUGACUGUAUCCACACAGCACACCUCUGUUUGGUCUUUUUCUGUCGCAGAUCUGACAAUCCCAACAGUACUGUUUACCACUACAACGCUGUUACUAAUGUUGCUGUGAUCGUUUUCCUGUUCCCAAUGCCAAUAAACGAAGAAAUAUUAGUAA